CUUUACAAUUUAUCAGUUCGAAAGUCGAAUAGCUUCGUGUGAGUCAAAAUCGUUUUUGUUCUCCCGUUGACUUUCAGCAGACGAUUUUUCUACCAAACUAGUUUUUUUUUCCUAAAGAAAGAGAGAAAAUUAUUAUUUGCUCUUCAUUUAUAUUUAUUCUUUUAUGAAGGCGUACUAUUAAUUUUAAAUAUUAUGGAUAUAACGCCAGAGGAAGAUGGUAACUGUGCCUGUUCCGAAAACUGCCCUAGAAGUACAGUAGAUGAAGAUGAAGAUUUAAAUAAAGAAAUUACUUAUAAAAUAGAUGAUGUGCCUCCUUGGUAUGUUUGUCUUGUGUUGAGUUUCCAGCAUUAUCUAACGAUGCUCGGAGGGACUGUUUCUUAUCCGUAUUUGGUAUGUCCACAUCUUUGUAUUUCAGAAGAUGAUCCUACACGAGGAUAUAUUGUCUCAACAACAUUUUUCGUAUCUGGAAUUUGCACAUUUCUACAAUCAACAUUCGGUGUUAGACUGCCUAUAGUACAGGGGAGUUCCAUGGCAUUUUUAGUACCGAUAUUUGCUAUCAUGAAUCUACCAGAAUGGCAGUGUCCUCCCAUGGAUCUAAACUCUACUUUGACUAUAGAAGAACGAAGAGAAAUAUGGAUGCCUCGAAUGAGAGAAGUACAAGGUGCUAUCAUUGGUGCAUCCGUAUGUGAAGUGGCCAUCGGAUUCUUUGGAAUCAUGGGAUUUCUUCUCAAUUGGAUCACUCCCUUGGCCAUCGUACCAACCAUAAGUCUUGUGGGCCUCUCUCUAUUUGCCGAAGCAGCUCAUUCUGCAUCGGGAAACUGGGGAAUUUCUAUGUUAACAAUGCUGUUGAUGAUUUUAUUUUCACAAUGUUUGCGAGAUGUUUGUAUGCCUUAUCCCACGUAUAAUGAAAAGACUGGGUGGACGUUUGGAAAGUUUCCUCUCUUCAAACUCUUUCCUGUUCUAUUGACUAUCCUGAUGUCAUGGUCUCUAUGCGCAAUUCUCACAGCCACUGGAGUUUUCUCUGAGGAGAAUCCUGCGAGAACAGACAGUCGAUUAUCUAUUUUAAGAGCAAGUCCCUGGAUAAGAAUUCCAUAUCCAGGUCAAUGGGGAAUGCCAACGUUCACAUCAGGAGCAAUGGUAGGUGUUUUGGCUGGCGUCCUGGCAUCAGCAAUAGAAUCAGUUGGCGAUUAUUAUGCUUGUGCUCGGCUGUCAGGAGCUGAAUCACCCCCAAAACAUGCCAUCAACAGAGGGAUUUUGAUAGAAGGUAUAGGAUGCAUCGUUGCCGGACUAUUUGGUACGGCGAGUGGAACCACUUCAUUCAGUGAAAACAUCGGGGCUAUUGGCAUUACUAAGGUGGCCAGUCGCAGAGUGAUACAAUACGGGAGUAUAUUGAUGAUUAUGUUCGGAAUGUUGGGAAAAUUUGGAGCCAUUUUCGUGACCAUUCCUGGUCCCAUUCUGGGUGGCAUAUUCUGCAUAAUGUUUUCCAUGAUCACGGCUGUUGGUCUUUCUACUCUUCAUUUUGUAGAUCUGAACUCAUCUCGGAAUCUCUUUGUCCUCGGAUUCUCGAUAUUCAUGGGUCUCUGCCUGCCUAAAUGGAUCCAGUCGAAUCCAGAAUUUAUCGACACGGGUAACCAAGCUGCUGAUCAAGCUCUCACUAUACUACUGAGUACAAAUAUGCUCGUUGGAGGAUUCAUCGGAUUUUUGAUGGACAACAUCAUUCCAGGUACAGAUAAGGAAAGAGGUCUUAUUGCUUGGCGCAAACAAGGCGAGGUAUAUAGCAGCACUAGUAUAACUUUAGCACCAAAAACAUACAACAUUCCAGGCAUUACUUCAUACUUAGAGAAACACACUAUGUUUAAUCUUUUACCAAUCAGUCCAACUUACCAAGAAGGAAGUCUGAAAAGCAGGAUUGUAGUCUUAAAAGAAUAUUUCUCAAGAAAGAAACAGCCAACUGAAAGAAAUGAACCGAUUUGAUUUGUAAUAAAGUCCUAAAUUAAAUUUAAUGUAUAUUGUAAAUAACAUUUUUUAUGUGUAGUAAAAUAUUUUUGAUACUUUUAAUAAACUAUAUUUAUGAUA